CGUAGUUGCUGACCUCUCCAGGGCAACCCCCAGGCGUCCAUGGCAGCGGAGGGUGGGGAGCCCAGGCCGGGGGGCGCCUCCCCGCUCUGCCGCUGCUGCCCGUAGGGAGCGGGGGUGGCCCUGGGGCCGCGCGGAAGGGAUUCCAAGUCAUCUCAUCAGAUCCUGCAAACUUGCUGAAUCAAAGGCCUGAUGGAAGUCCAUAAAAAGUGCUGAAUGCAGCUUAUUAAAUUCAUCCAUCUUCUCAAAAAGCAGUCUCAAGGUGCAGUCAGUGUGUUCCCUUAUGGACAUGGCAGGACCCGCUAUACGCAUUGGGGAUCAGCUCAUCCUAGAAGAAGAUUAUGAUGAAACGUACAUACCCAGUGAGCAAGAAAUUCAGGAGUUUGCCAGGGAGAUAGGGAUUGACCCUGGGAACGAGCCGGAGUUGAUGUGGCUGGCCAGAGAAGGCAUUGUGGCUCCUUUACCUCCAGAGUGGAAACCAUGUCAAGAUAUCACUGGCGACAUCUAUUACUUUAACUUUUCUAAUGGCCAGUCCACAUGGGACCACCCUUGUGAUGAACAUUAUAGAGAACUUGUGAUCCAGGAGCGGGAGAAGCUUUCAGCUCAUGGCAGCAUUAAAAAGAAAGACAAGAAGAAGAAAAAAGACAAGAAGGAGAAGAAAGAGAAGAAGGAGAGAGAACCAGUGAAACAUGCUGCGGAAAUGCAGCCAGAGCCAGGGAUUCUUCCUUCAUCAUCCUUUUAUCGAAUGUCCUCUCCCAUCCUGUCCUCUGAGUGUGCAAGUCCUGAUCUAGAUCAGCAUAGCCAGAUGAGAAUCGAGGGGUUUCUUAAGAAAGGUAAAAGAAAGCCCUCUGAGAGACCACCAGAGACAAGUGACUCAAACAAACAGUUUGCAGGGCCUUCCCCAAAUAAACUGCAGCCACUUUUCACAGCGAAGUCCUGCAGAACUCACCAGAUCUUAGCUGAUGUGGAGAAAAUUUUAGGAAGGAUGCCAUCUUUUAGCAGAUCGGAUGUAGACCACCAGCAGGGCCAAGACAGGUCCCCAAAAAUUGGAGACAAGCCUUGUCUUGGUUUUUCUGACUCGGAGUCUGAAGGUUUAGAUGUUGUUAGGACAAAGCCCAUUUCCUACGUGGCAAGGAAAUCGUGUUCACAAGACCUUGAGAAUGGGAGAAGUGUCCUUGAUUCCUGCGAGGUCCUGGAGGACAAAGGUAUGCUCUUUGAUGAGGAAAAGCUAUCUGACAACUGGAAGCAAGAGGAAAUGACAGGAGGGAGUGUCUGUCAGCCUGAUGAUGGCUUAUCAGUCAGAGAAAGAUCAACAGGGCCUGGUGGUGAUAAGGAAAGAGGCCCAGGUUUCUCACAAGCUGAUGAAAAUGAAGCUUUCUUGACCCCCAGUGCCCCUGACCAUACUUUUUACAGCAGGAAAUGUGAAAUGAUUCUCUUUGAUGCCAGUCCCCUGGAAGACCUGAGUUUGAUGGAGGAGGGUGAUGUUCACUGUCCCCAACGAGAGCUGAGGGCACACAGCAGAGCAGUUGAGAGCAGAAGGAAGAGAAAACUUCAGGAUCAGGCACUGAGUCAAGCCACCAAAUUUUGCAAGAGCAGCGAGGUUGUCGGCAAGCAUGAGAGAGAGAGCUCAAAGCAGGCAGAGUUUGUUGAAUCUGAAGGAGCAGGCCUACAAGCAGCCCCGCAAAAAGACCUGUUAGACAGCCACCUGGCAGUUCCUGAAGUGACUGCAGAUACAUUACCCUACACCAGAGGGGUGGAAGCUUAUGCUCAUGCAGGAGCUGAUAUUUCUGCGUCAGAGCCUGUUUCUCUUUCUGCUGCACAGCACAAAGACAAGGAGAAGGCAAACGGUUUGGGGCCUGAACCUGACAACAGUGUUACAAGCAAUUCAGCUGACCAUUUUGCAUCACAGAUUUUGGGAGAGAUUGAUAACUUCUCCUGGGAUCUCCAGAGCUCUCGUGAGUCUGACAGACCAACAGAUCUGCUUGCUGCUGCUGCUAAAGGGUCUCUACCCACUCACCCUUUCACAGGAACUCUCCAAACUCCGCCACGAAGCUCAGCCAAUGGAAAGUCGCAGAGUGACUGUAACUCUGAGGAUGAGAAGUUCUAUCAGCAUGUGCAGGAAAACGAUCAAGUACCUAGUCAGGAACAUAGUUGUGUCAGUUUUAACAUGAAACUGAAUAGGUCACGUGAUGCCCCUGAGAAGAACAAUGAGGGCAGACAAGAAGAAACAAGAGAAGGAGAGCAAAAGACAGAGCCAGUUCCUAGAGGGCUAGAGGUAGAUGUGUUCACAGAGGGUUUACAGGUUUCUCCUGGUUGGCUUUAUCAGACAGCUGAGUGCCAAGAAAGCAGCAGGCUCUGUCAGCAGGUGGAAGGAGAAUUGACCCAGAGCGGAAAAGUGACUGAGGAUUACUGCAAACUGAAGCUUUGUGAAGGAGCAGGCAGUAAUGAGUCUCCAGGUUCCCUGCUAGCACCUAUCCAAGUUCCUCCGGGGAGUCUUGCUCCUUUACGUGGUGUUAUGGAUGGUCCAGCCAGUGCCUUCCAUGGCUUGCUAAGCACCAAUGUGGAGAUCUCCGGGGUACCCAGUCCGCUGCUCAGAGAAGGAACUCUGCCUCUACAGACCCUUAAAUCCACCGGCUGCACUAAGAGCUUGCUGGGAUCCAUGCAUGAGGAAAAAGCCUCCUUAAAUCUCCUAGCUCUAGAUGAAGAGGAAGAAGAAGAGAGUGAGAAUCAGAGUCCCCGUGGGACAGCGAGACUGCUCAAAAAUCUGCACAUGGAUAUUAGCGCCCUAGGAGGUGGCUUCGAGUAUGAGUUCAGAGGAGUGGCAGCAUCUGUGUGGAGCUCUGCUCAUCAGGGCAGCUGCAGGGCAGAGGAAGACAAUUGUGGUACCCGGUUAGCCAGUGUUACAGAACCUGGGCUCCCACACCUCAGGAAUUCUGAAGAUGAAGCUGGAGGUCUGAAAGAGAAGGAGUCCUUGAAAAUGAGUCAUGCUGAAGAAAGUCAAACGUUUCCCUUGGAUUCUGAUGGUGUGCGCCCUCCAGCUCCGGACAAACUGCUUAACAGAGAUGCCGACAGCAGCCUGUGUGGUCUGAACAAAGAGGAGUCCAGUGGGAAACCCCUGGAGAAUGAACUGUUAGAAAAGGAAGAUACUGAUGUAGAAGAUGCAGUUUCUGUGGCUUAUGAACAGUCAGGAACUCCGGGGGAAAGGACAGCGGAGGGGACACAUGUGGUCAGCAGUCAAGGGCAUCCCGUAGCUGCGUCACCAGAUGUUAGAGCUGCUGAGACAGAUCAGAUGGAAAGUGUGGCUGUCACCGUUGACGCUGUGUCUGUCAGUGAAAAGAUUGUAAAUGGAAUGAGGGAAGAAGCAGCUGAUCUGGAAACCGACAGCAAGCUGGAUGCUGGCAAAGAGUCUGAGGCCAGUGAGCACGUGAAAGAAUUGCCGGUUUCUGACUGUUCCGAUCAUGAGCUGCUUCAUCUAACAGACUUUGGUUUCCAAAGUAGGAUCUCUGAGCAGGUCCUGGAUAUGGAUAUUCUUUCUGCUGCUCUGGACAGCCCCAAGGUUGAGGCCCAGGGGCUGAGAGAAGAGGAAAAGGACCAAAGCGAAGCCAGCUUAGAAGAAGAGCAAAGCAAAAGACCCAAAGCUGCUGAGAGUGAGAGGAACCAGCGCCCCUUCAGUGCUUGCAAAAUGGCCGAAGAGAAGUGUUUAAGUUUAGAGAACGCCAGCCAGGAAGAGACUGCUGCCUUGGAGCAAAAGGAGGGAUCGCUGGAUAGUCCAAAGGAGGAGGAGCCUGCAGCCCCUCACCAAGCACAACUUGGGGAGGAAAUCAAGCAAGUGGUGUCCUUGAACUGGCCUUCUGCAGAAUCCCUGAACGAAAUAGCCAGGAAGCAGGAGCAGGAGCUGGAGCAAGAAAAAGAGCGUUUGCUGCAAGCCAAGGAGGAGAGGGUUCGGCGAUUCCAGGAGGAGUUGAGGCAAGAGGAGGAGGAAGAAGCUCAAGUGCUUCAUCAGCAGAAAGAGAAGUCCCUCUGGUCUCUUAAAGAGGAGCUGGCGAAAGCUUCUGAGGAGGAAGAGCUGCGGAUGAGAGAGGAAGAGGUUGAGAAGCUCUCAAAGCUGCGAUCCCAGAUCAGCUCAGAGACCAAGACAGAAAAGGAGAAAAUAAGGGCCGAGCAAGAGGCUGCAUUGCAAAAGCUGAGAGAGGAGUGGGAGUCCUUGCAGAAGGUGGAAAGGGAACGCUUGGAGGAGAGGAAGAAGCGUGUUUUGGAGAUGCUGAAGGUGGAAGUUGAGGAAGCACAGCAGAGAGAAGCGGCACAGCUGGAACAGGAGAAGCAGCGAGUCCUGAAUGAGUUAAAGGAGAGAUUAGAAAGAAAGAGAAAAGAGGCUGCAGAAGUGCUAGAGAAGCAGUUUGCAGCUGAGCUCCAGGAGCUAAAAUCUACAGCAGAAGAGAAACACCAAAAGGUUGUUUCCAGCCUCCGGAAGCAAAUAGCAGAGGCCCAGAGGAGUGAGGAGACCCAGCUGCGUGAGGAAUUGGAGAGAGCAGAGCAAAAAGUGCAGCAAAAAAUGUAUCAAGUAGCAGAGUUUGAGCGAGAGCUCAGUGAGCUCAUGAAAGAGAAACGCCAGGAAGUGGAGAGAGAUCAUGACCGGAAAAUGGAGAGAAUGAAAGAGGAGCAUAAGGAAGUCCUGGCAAGGAUUCAGGAGCAGUACGAGGAGGAGGAGAGAAAGCAAAGAACCAAGAAGCUCGAGGAGCUGAAAGGGGAGCUGGAGCGCCUGAGACAGCUCCAUGAUGGGGAACUGAAGGCUUUGCAGAAGCAGCUGGAUGAGCAGCUUAGUGACUUGCGGCAGAGCCACAAGGUGAAGGAACGAAAACUCCAGGAGUUGGAAAUGGAACUCGAAAUACAAGCAACAGAUGCCAAGGCCAGAUGUGCUCAGCUGAAUCACCAGGAAGAGGCCAUGAGAAAGAAAAGGCAGCAGCUUCUGGACGAAGAGAAACAAACUGAGCUGCAGAGAAAUGAAGCUGCUUUGGCUGCUCAGCUCCGCCUAGAGGAGUCUAGGAAAGAGCAUGCUGACCUCGUGGAAUCCAUCCGCCAGUUGCGCAGGACUCUGGAGGAGCUUCAAGAUCAGAAAGCUGAGCUGGAGUCCCAAGUGGAUCUGCUGCAGACCCGAAGCCAGAGGCUGCAGAGACGGAUCAGUGAACUAGAGGCUGCAGUCCAGAGCAAACAGGAGACCCUGAAGGAGCUGGUAGCCGAAGACAGCAUGGCAUCUCCCAGAAGGGAAGCUGAGCUCCACCUUGAGGACCUGAGAGAGACACUGCAAGCUCACUCCUCCAGAGAGCCUGCUUCCUUAACCUCGCACAGCAAUGAGGAUAGUGACCUUCAACUCGAUAAUGUCAGACACUUCAUUUCUGCAGAAGGAGUCUCCAUAAAGAACGCCAAGGAGUUCCUGGUGCGUCAGACUCGCUCCAUGAGGAAAAGGCACACUGCGCUGAAAGCUGCAAAGCAGCAGUGGCGUCACAACAUGCAGCAGGCACAGGAUGCGGUGCAGGAUCCAGAUAGCUCUCAGCUCCUGGAGGACGUGCGUCGGAACUUGGAGGAGGAGUCAGCGCAGCUGGACAAGAUGAAGUCGGCCAUGCAGAAAGGACAGGUGCUGCUGAAGAAGAAGGAAGAGAAGCUGAGCCAACUGGAGUCUUCGCUGCUGGAGGAGCUUUCUGAUGAAGAUACGCUGAAGGGUGCUGCAUGUAAAAAGGUGGUAACCUUUGACCUUAGUGAUUCCGAAGAGACACACAGCCUGAGCAGCACAGAUGUACCUCAGCACAAAUUUGACUUGAAACCAGAUGUCCAGUUCCCCCAGCUCGACAAGAUCCAGCACUUGACCAGCACUCUGCAGCACAUCACUGCUGAGCUGAACGGGGUUCUUAGCACCUUGGGCUCUUUGAACCAACGGCAGCCUCCGCUCUUCGCUCCUGUGCAGGUGCCAAUGACUGCUCUGCCCAGUGAUGGGGUUCCUCUUUCCAUGUACACCUCUUUGGCAAGAGCCCAGGCUGCUGGCCCCAUUAUGCCGCCUGCUGGGAUCCCUUUGGUUAACCAGUGGGCAUGGAGUACUGGUUUGAACUCCAGCCCCUCUUCCACGGCCGGUCAGUCAGUGGACGACAUACUGGCAGAGAAAUGGCACAAGUAUUUCCCAGGCGGGUUCCCGUCGCUCAGUGGAAGUCCCGCCCCUUUGGACAGCAAUCUAGGUUACUUACCUGCAGGUGAGCAAAUCGGCUUGUUCCAGCGUUCCCAGCUCCAAGGCCCUGAGACAGACAGUACUAGUGUCCAGGGAAUGAUUGAUGCCAACAAGAAAUGGCUGGAAAAUUUCAAGAAGGAUUCAAAAGUUCCUCUCUUUCCACGCACACAGAAGCCCUUUGCCAGCAGCCCUGGCCUGGUGCAGCUCGGACUGGAUGAAAACAACCAAAUUAAAGUGUAUCACUGCUAAAAGGUGACGGAGCCCCAGCAGAGAGGGGCCGAGCCUUCCCAGCCCUGUGCCCCAGGAGACAGCCUGGCAAAAGAGCAACACAGCUGCCCUCUGUUCCCUCUUACAAUACAUUGCGUUGCAGUGCUACCCAAUGGUCUUUCAUCUGUCUUUUUGCUCUGCCCUUGAAAUAAAGUUUCUUUCCAGGAGGAGGAAGGAAGUGGACUUCCCAAGUGAAUUCUUCUAAUCCUGUAAUGUAUCCAAAUAUACUUUAUAGACUGCUUAAUCCAGUGCUGAAAUAUCAGGGCUUCAAUAAAUCAACAGUUCCCUCAUUAGUAUUCCAGCAAUCACCUGAUGGAAAUGUGUCUCACCGAGGACUUGGAAUAACUUGUUGCGGGGGAGGAGGUGAAUUCCAACAGGAAACUGUUGCUAGAGGAAAAGAAUGCACUGUGGAUUCACAACCAAGAGAGGUUGCAGGUGACCUCAGACCCGGCCUCUGUGGCACAAACUUGAGCUUGAGAGAAUGAAAAGCAAAUGUCUAUAAUUUUUACAUGGAAGAGCACAGUCGAAAGCAAUAUAGUCAGAGCUUCUGGGCACCACAUCCUGACCGAAUGGAGUUGGUUUUCUUUUCCUGUUAUAGUCAGGAUUCUUUUUAAUGUCCAAUGUUGAGUUUGUUUCUAGUUGAAAAUGUUUUGUAUUCAGGGGCCAGUGGAGGCUAAGCCUAUGGGAAGGGUUUUAACAAACACACUUUCUUUUUGACAGGGCAGAAGCCAUAGGGCCAGACGGUGCCUGGUGGGGAUGGCUUACAGGGCUGGUGCGAUGGAGGAGACCUCCCCACUCCCCCAAACUGUGCGGUUUGAGUCAGGAUGAUUGGAAAAGCCAGUGGUGGGAGUCUGCCCGGAUUCUCUCCCGUCUGGAUUUGCUGAGAGCCAGCUGGAGGACAUGGUGGGUGGAGGCUGUCGUGAAGGAGUCUGUGGCUGGUCUCCAGCGAUGCACCUUUGUUACUGGUGUCAGUGGAACUACAUGAAUAGGUGUGGCCUUGGAUAACCACCAGUAAUAGAUAGAGCCCCCCCCAAGCCAAGUGCUCUCACUCCCUGGGGGAGUCCAGCUCCAGACUUAGGCUGGCUUAGGGCCCUUUCCGACAAGGCAGACUAGGAGCCGGCUCGCUGCUGAGUCUAUAGCUGCUCUGCAGGACUUGUUGGAGAGAGCUGGUUUGGUCAGAGAAAUGGCUCUGACGGGGCCAGAGUGGAGGCUGACAUGUUGGAUAAGGCCGUUUCUGCUUUGCAUGGUCACUUUUCUGACUGCAGCCACCCGUGCUUUUAAGUUCCUCCAUUUGCUGGGCCCCUCCAGCUGGUUUCAGUAGUGUGGUGCAAGCCAGCGUUGCCCCGGAGAGGCUGCUUUUCUGGGGUGGGAAAGGCACUUCUGUGUCUGAGCACUCGCUCAUGCUGCAGCGCCUGAACCUGAGGAGGCAGCCCUCCGAGACAGCGUAGCUCUAAAAAGCACAGAGCAGGUGAGCAAUGGGAUUGUACGGCAGGGAGGGUGCCAAGUAUCUGUCAGCUCCCCAAUUGGGGGCCCGUCCCAAGGCCACUGAAGUCCAUUGUGAGAUGCUUUCCUCAGCGUUGGGCCAGUCCCUUUGAGUGGCUGCAGCUUGAGUUGUUGCCUUGAGGAAAUUAAAAACCCAUUUGGCAUUUGCCUGAAGCAGCCUUUAAAAAAUAUCAUCCUAUCCUGGCCUCAGUUCUGGGUCAGGGCAGUGAGGAGGAAGUGCAGAGGUGGGGGUAGAGGCUGCAUUUCCGGCUGCUAUGUGGUGCUGUGUCAUUAGCCGCCAUCCCUCCAAGCUGGCUUGGGAUAUUUAUGCUUUUUAAACAUUUUUCUUUCUGGCAAUUAUUGUUUGACUAAAAAUCUGCAUUAAAGGGAUGAGAAAUCAUUCUUCAAACAGUUCCUACCAGAGAGGACUGGAAGUUGUAGCUUUCCACCCUUUCAUACUGUUUGCGUUUCUCAGCUUGGAUAGUGAGGAUAGGCUUAAACAGAAAGUGACCUUGUCUGGUUCGUUUUGCUUUCUGAUUCUCAUGCGCUAUACCUGGUUGCAAUAGUUUGGGUUGCAAAUGCUUCAGGGACGUGUUACACGCAAACCGAAAAUUAUUUACUUAAAUUUUUAAGCAAGACUAAAUGUCUUUUUACAUUUUAUAACUUUUUAACUAAUACCCAACUUUUUUAAUGUGAGGUACCUGACUUUGUUCUCCUUAAACAAGGGCUUCUGGACUGGUUCUGCAGACAGAUCCAGGGGGGUGGAUUUGUGUUCACAGGGUCUGGCACUAGCAUCUCUUACCCCUUUCCUUGCUGGUAAACUGAGGGCAGGUGACUCCCAAAAGCACUGCUGAUAUAACACAGCAUGCUGAUUGAUGUCCUUGCCUAAGCAAAGAAACCCUAGAGCACAUUUAGCAGUACAGACUGACCGAGAGGCCUUGAGUGACCACUGAGAACCACCGCCAGGAAAGAAUGGAUCGUUAUGUAGGUUUCCUGCCCGCUGUACCAGAUCACACAAAUCCUUGCCUGCGGGGAUUUUGCUUUUAGUCUCUCUCAGCUAUUGAGAAAACCACAUGGCAGCCCUCAGCUAUUUUUAUUAACAGUCCCACUUGUCCUAGCUUUCCCCGGCACUGAACCCCUCUGCAGUCAUUUGUACAUUAUACCCAAAGCACACGCAGCAGAAGACAUGGAAUUAGACCUGUGCGUUCUAUAGAGCGUAUAUUCUUCGUGUGGGUAAAAGACUAUUUUAGUAACCAAAUUACUGUGUUUCUGUCGCAGAUUUCUUUUCCCCCUUGCCCCUUGUGAUGCUUUAAGCUGUAUCCGUUUUUGUAUGCAAAUUAAAUUGACACAGAUCUAUUUUGUACAAUGGUGGUGUUUGCAGCUUUGUCUUUUCCAGCUGAGAUGUUUGUCUCUCUCCCUCAAACCCAGCCCUGGUACCCACCUUGCUCUUCACGUUCAGACACUUCCUUCACUCCUCUCCAAGUUGUAUUGCUGUUAUCCUGUCAAAUUCAAAGACUGCUGCACAAACAAGUCUAUUCGUUAUCUGGUCAGGAUGCUAAAUGGGGUACUAGAAUGCUAGGAAAUGGAGCUACAAGAGAUGGUGUCCAUGCAGCUUUCAGCCAGUAGGAAACUCAUUGUGGGCAGCCCUGAGCCAGGUUUUCUCAGGGGUGUCUCUCCCACCCCUUUCCAUGCACCUCUGCAGUGGCUCUCUCCUUCCAAGCUUGUGCCAAGGUGGUAGGGCAGGUGUGCUGGAAGAGACCAGGGUGAUACCAGCUGGAGGGCUGAGGGAGAGGUGUCUCUGGCUGGAAUAGAACAAGGCUGAGGGGGGAAUUAAUUACAACCACGCUCUUUAAAGGUGUGGUGGGGUCUCUACAGAGCUGUGCCUGUGCUAUGUGGUACUUGGCGGGGACCACCUCUCAGCAGCGCCCCGGGCAGCUGGCUGGCACCUGGGGAUGUGCUACAGUUGGGUAACUGCGGAUUGGCUGUCACUAUUGACUUUUACAUUUAUUUUAUAACAGCAUUGACUUCCCAAGUGCUAUUUCGGCACCCUGCUCUCUCCGAAGGCUGCUGAUUGGAUCGCUGAGAGAGCCAUUUCACUGAGUAUCAGGCAGGAUUGGUGCCCCCUUUUUCCUCGUGGUUUCUCUUUCCUUCUCAUUUCCUACCACUGUCUUUUCUUCCCCUUCGAGUCCUUCUGUCAGUCAGAUGACUAUCCUCUGUGCUGCCCUGCAUGGUUUUCCGUGAAGGAGUGCUCUUGACUUGUCGACCAUCCCCUUGAAGCCCCGGGGCUUAUCGAGAGCCAGCCUGUAUCAGAAUCGCUCGUUCCGGGUCUAAGGGCUGCAUGGUGCUGGAUGUGUGUCAUGAACUACUGUGAUACGGCUGACUGUGCGAUAGCUCCCGAAUGGCCGGUCUGUGGCUCCCUGGCUCUUGUUCAUCAGCCCACCACUGGUGCCAGGAGCCUUCUCUUCUGCCUCCAACUGCCCCAGCACACCGCUGCCUUGUGCUCUGCUCACCCCAGUGACCUCUGCUGCUGCUACUGCAGAGAUCAGUCAGCUGGGGCCAGCUAUGCUUGCUUCUGCUGCCUCCUUUCUUCCCUAGGUCAAAGUGCAGCACACCCAAACCAUGGCCAACCUGACUCAAGGCUGCUCCCAUGUGUCAGGUAAAGUGCCUGCCGGCAGCACCAGGGGAAAGGGCCAACUCAUGACAAAAGCCCGCGUCCCAGGAUGGUGAUGUGUAAAACUGUCCGUGUCCUGUGAAGCAUAGACCAGGUGAAGCCUGAUUGUCUGCCUAGAAACCAGUGUCCUUGCAGAGCCCCUGGUGACUCCCACAGCAGUUGGUU